AUGAAUGUCCCCCCGCUGGGAGUAGCCAUCCUGUACAGUACAGCCCAGAGCCGUUUCUGCAUCUCUGCCAGCAACGAGUACAAGUUCGGAGACAUCAGCAAGGAAGCCGCCAAGCGCGCCAAGAAUGCCGUGGCGAAUCUACUGGGUCAGGAGGAGUACAAGUUUGGCGAUGUGACGAAAAAGGCCAUGAACAAGGCAAUGGAUGCUAUCGCAGGCUUCACAGGGAAAGAGGAGUACAAGUUCGGCGACAUCACAAAGACAUUGCUGAGGAAAGCUUUGAACUACUUGGAGGAUGAUGAUGACAAGAAGAAGUGA